AUGGGCACCCGAAAACGCCCCCAGUGGAGCUGGGCCUCAUUCCUCGCCGGCGGAGCAUCCGCCGCCGCAGCCGCCGCCCUCCUCCGGGCCAAGCCCCAGGACCCAACAUUCCACCUGAUCUCCAUCAACCUCAGCUCCUUCAAGCUCAACUUCCCCGUCCUCGACGCCGAUCUGACCCUCACCGUCCACGUGGCCAACCCCAACGUCGUCCCCGUCCACUACUCCGCCGCCACGCUGUCGAUCUACUACGACGGGUCCCUCCUCGGGUCGGCCCGGGUCGAGGCCGGGUCGCAGCCGGCCCGGUCCUGCCGGCUGAUCCGGCUCCCCGGCCGGCUCGACGGGCUGGAGCUGGCCCAACACGCGAAGCGGCUCCUCAACGACGUCGCUUCGAGGGAGAUGGUGCUGGAUGCCAGGGUGGACGUCGGUGGGACCGCCAAGGUGCUGUGGUGGUGGGACCACCGGUUUGCCGUCCACGUGGAGAGCAAGGUGACCGUCGAUCCGCUGUUGCUGGACGUGGUCGAUCAGGAGAACAAGUCCAAGAUUGAUCUUUUUACCUGCUUAGAUAGUCGCUAG